AUGGGGUCGCACGACAAGGCGAGCGCGAUAGUAAUAUCCGACGGUGAUACCGCAUCAGACGUGAGCGAGACAAAACACCUCAGUCGUAAAGCUCUCGGAAAAAGAAAGGUCGAAAUCGACUUCGAGGAGAAAGAGGUAUGGGACGCUGACUCGGACGAAGAGCUUCCCAAGCACAAGAAACAAAAGGGUCGACGGGCCUCCAGCGGGAAAGGAAAGGGAAAGGGAAAGGCGAAGACCAAGGCCAAAGGGACGUCGACCAAGAAAAGUGCUGCUGCGAGCUAUGAUCUUGACGCCACGGACGAAGAUGAUUACGAUGUGGCGAAGGCUCCCGACUACUUGAAAGACCGCAGGAGGGAGUUCGACUCCAACCGGGAAAGGCUCAAGGAGGCUGGGCUUCUUCUUCCCCCGGAAUACUCUGACAUAAACUUCUCCGACGAUGAGCGAGUGCGGACGUUAGAGAAACGACCGAAAUUCGAGGAGAGCGCCAAGAUCCAGCCGUGUCGACCGUACAAGGAGGUCGAGUUGGAGUAUUCCGCGGGUAUCGUACCGGCGUCUAUUGCGCAGUAUCUGCGAGACUACCAGAUUGUCGGCGUCAAGUUCCUACACCGACUGUUCGUGUACCAGAGAGGCGGUAUACUGGGAGAUGAUAUGGGCCUAGGCAAAACUGUUCAAGUCGUUACAUUUCUCACGGCUGCCUUUGGAAAGACUGGCGAUGAGCGCGACCGCAAGCGACUUCGGAAGGUGCGGGAAUACCCCGGCCGCUGGUAUCCAAGGGUAUUGAUCAUUUGCCCAGGAUCUAUCAUACAGAACUGGAAGAACGAGCUGAACCGCUGGGGGUGGUGGAAAGUCGAUGUCUUCCAUGGCCCAGGCAAAGAAGAUGUGCUCUCCACAGCCAAGGCGGGUCGGAUAGAAAUCAUGAUUACGACCUACAUGACUUACAAGAACCACAUGAGCUUGGUCAACACGGUUAAAUGGGAUGCGGUUGUCGCCGAUGAAUGUCACCAGAUGAAAGAGAGGAGCUCAGAGAUCACAAAGGCCAUGAACGACGUCAAUGCCUUGUGUCGGAUUGGCUUAACAGGAACCGCAAUCCAGAACAAGUACGAGGAGCUGUGGACCCUUCUGAACUGGACGAACCCGGGCCACUUCGGAACGCUUUCUGAGUGGAAUAAUACCAUCACCAAGCCCUUGACCAGAGGCCAAUCGCAUGAUGCGACGCUGUAUCAACUGAGGGAUGCUCGAGUCACCGCGAGAAAACUCGUCAACAACUUGCUUCCAGGAUUCUUCCUGCGCAGGAUGAAGACUCUCAUUGCCCACCAAAUGCCGAAAAAGAGUGAUCGUGUCGUCUUCUGCCCCCUCACCGACGCUCAGAGGGAAGCAUACAAGAACUUCAUCAAUAGACCUGAUGUAGAGCUUCUUCGUACGCUUUCAGAUCCCUGCGAGUGUGGAUCAGGUGUUGGCCAAGGCUGGUGUUGUAAGAAGACGCUCGAUGAUGGGACGUCGUGGCAGUCAAUCAUCUUUCCCUGUGUCACCACCCUUCAAAAGCUGUCAAACCACCUCACCUUGCUGAUACCAUCAGGAAAUGACCUAGAAGACAAGCAGAAGAGAGAGAUGCGGACACUGCAGACUUGUUGCCCAGAUACGUGGCAGUACUUGUACGAGAACCGAGAUGCAAUCGUGAACCUGGCAAACCCCGAGUUCUGUGGCAAGUGGAAAGUCUUGAAGAAGCUGCUAAAGUUCUGGCACGAUAACGGCGACAAAGUGCUAGUCUUUUCGCACAGCGUUCGGCUGCUCCGUACUUUGCAGCAUUUGUUCCACAACACGAGCUACAGCGUGACGUACCUGGAUGGUGGGCUGAGCUAUGAGGACCGGCAAAAGGCCGUGGAUGAUUUCAACUCUGAUCCGACGCAGUUUGUCUUUCUGAUUUCAACGAAAGCUGGCGGCGUCGGACUGAACAUCACAGCGGCUAACAAGGUUGUCAUUGUCGACCCGCAUUGGAACCCAUCCUACGACCUCCAAGCCCAAGACCGAGCAUACAGAAUUGGACAGGUCCGCGACGUUGACGUCUUCCGCCUCAUCUCCUCCGGCACCAUCGAGGAGAUCGUAUAUGCAAGACAGAUCUACAAGCAGCAACAGGCAAAUAUCGGCUAUACGGCAUCUUCUGAACGACGGUAUUUCAAAGGUGUCCAACAAGACGUCGAUCGAAAAGGAGAAAUCUUUGGUUUGGAAAACCUGUUUGCGUACCGUGAGAAUCAACUCGUGAUUCGCGACAUCGUGAACAAAACCAACAUUGCCGAAGCCAAAGCUGGUAGCGGGAUCCAAUUGACCAGCGUCGACAUGGAAAAGCUGGUCAAGGAUGAGGAAGAACUCGGUGACGCUCUGAAGCAAGAGCCUGCGGACACAGAAGACGGCGGCAUGAGCCAGCUGGCAGCUGUCCUCACGGCAAAGAACCAAAAGGCGUACCUCGACUCCGUCAAAUCCAAUCAGCCCAAGAGCGACGCGGUCCAGGCCAUUCUGUCAUCGGCAGGCGUCGAGUACACGCAUGAAAACUCGGAGGUCAUUGGCACCUCCAAAAUUGAGGAACAUCUCUCCCGCAAGGCGGAAAUGGCGGCCAGCUCGGACGUCGACCUUGAAGGCGACAGCGCUCUUUUCGCGGAUAGCCAGGUAUUUGACGCGCAGGCGCAGAAGAUCAAGGGAUUUUCAUACGUGUAUAAUCCUCCCGAGGACGUCAUGCGCAGACAGUUCUGCUCCAUGGCGCGCGAGUUCGGGUUCGCGAGCGCCACCGAGUUUGCUUUAGUCGUCGGCAGCUGGACGCAGGCGCAGAGGAGAAACUGCCUCGAGGCCUUUUACAAGAUUCGUGAGGGGAAGUUGCUGGCAGAGGAGACCGUCAAAGCAGAGACGCAGGCGGAGGAUGCGGUGAAGGAGGAGCUGAAGUUGGAGGAGGGAGUCAAGAAGGAAGCUGUGAAGGCGGAGUGCAAGCUUGAAGAUGUCGCUCUUGAUGACGACGCGGAGACUGUGGACGAGGAUGGCGAUGUCAAGGAUGAAGUCAAGAAGGAAGAGGAAGUUAAGCGAGAGGAGCCUGCCAAAGACGAGGCAAACGUCACUCCUCCCAGGACGUCCAUUUUCAUUUAUGACACGGACGACGAUGGUGACGAAUUGUAA